AUGGAGAAUAGAGUGAUGUUUGUGGUGAUAUUGAGUUGCUUAAGUUUUCUGGCAUUUCAGGCAAAUGCUCAACAAGCCAGCAAUGUUAGGGCAACAUAUCAUCUUUACAAUCCUCAGAAUAUUGGGUGGGAUUUGAACACGGCAUCUGUUUACUGUGUCACUUGGGAUGCAAACGAACCUCUCAAUUUGCGCAUGAAAUAUGGGUGGACUGCCUUCUGUGGACCAGAUGGCCCAACCGGACAAGCCUCUUGUGGCAAAUGUUUGAAGGUGACAAACCGAGACACAAAAGCAGUGACGACUGUAAAAAUAGUUGAUCAAUGUUCCAACGGAGGGCUUGACUUGGAUGUUAAUGAAUUCAACAAGAUUGACACGAAUGGGAAUGGAUACAAUGCCGGUCAUCUGCAGGUUGAUUAUGAGUUUGUUAGCUGCUAACCACAAUAUAAUGGCGGCCCAAU